AUGAAGAGCAUUAAGAACAAACAGGAAGUUCGGUCAAACCAAGUAUCACUGGACUCUCAGAGUGAUCAGCCAAACAAUAACAAUCCAGAGGGGCCAGCGGCGGAUUCUGGUUCUCUGUCUGCCACCAGUAAUGAUAACAAAAAGGUUUCUCGCCAGGACAUUGAACUUGUUCAAAACUUAAUAGAAAGGUGUCUACAGCUUUACAUGAAUAAGGAUGAGGUGGUCAAAACCCUCUUGACUCGUGCAAGGAUAGAUCCUGGAUUUACAACGUUAGUAUGGCAAAAGUUGGAAGAGGAGAAUGCCGAUUUCUUCAGGGCUUACUACAUACGGCUGAAGUUAAAGAAACAGAUCCUUCUAUUUAAUCAUUUGCUUGAGAAUCAAUACCAUCUUAUGAAAUAUCCAGUACCCCCAAAAGUUCCUUUGGCUCCUAUGCAAAAUGGGAUCCACACAAUGCCUGCACCGCUUGUUCGUACUGCAGUUAACAACUUACCUAUGGGGUACCCUGUUCUUCAACAACCGCCAAUGGCAGCUCCUGGGCAACCUCAUAUGGACUCCAUGGGCUGUGGAAUAUCAAGCUGUCAUGUUGUCAAUGGAGUCCCAGCACCAUCAAACUUCCAUCCCAUGCGAAUGAACUCUGGAAAUGACAACAUGGUGAUUGAAACGAGUGCAGCACCUGAUGCAGUAGUUGGUGGUGCUGCUGUUACUGCAGCAAACAGCAGCAUGCCAGAAAUGGCGGCUGUAAGUCCUACAUCAGUGGCGUCGAGCGGCCAUUUCCCUUUUACAGCGUCGGAUAUACCAGGGAUGGGAGUAGACACAUCUGCACUCGACACAGCAUUUACAUCUGACGUGGCUAGCUCUGUAGGAUUGCAGCUGGGGCCCGACGGAGGUGCUGGAGGGUCCAGGUCACUUGAUCAGAUUCAGUGGAACUUUAGUCUCUCAGAUCUGACCGCUGAUUUAUCCAACUUGGGAGAUUUAGGCGCUCUAGGAAAUUAUCCUGGCUCACCAUUUCUGCCUUCCGAUUCUGAAAUCUUGCUUGAUUCUCCAGAGCAUGACGGCAUAGUGGAGGAAUUUUUCGUGGAUGCUGUGCCGGGGCAGCAUGGCAACCAAUCAGAUGAGGAGAACCCGUGAGCAAGAAGAAGAGAUAGGAAGGUGAAACUAGGAGGAGGGGACAGCCAAAGAGAAGUGGAGUGGUAGAUGAAUAAAAUUUGGCGCAUUGUUAUUACUGAGCUUCAUUAGCAGUUGUCAAAUUAUCCAACUUUCCAAACUUGGCAUUUUAGGAAAAGACAAUGUUGCAUCAGAAGACAGAGUAGACAAGGUUGGCUUGAACUUUCGAAAAAAGAUUAAAAUGUGCCAAUUUUUAGAGCACUGAUCGAAAUUUGGCUCGACUUUUGGAUUGAUCGUUAAUGUUAUCGUAUUCGUCAACCCUUUUUUUCCGUGACUCCCUUUCAUUCAUCUUCCUCCAAUAGCAACCCUAGCUAUUGCCGCUGCAGCAGAAUUGCUUUUGGAGUUAAGAGGCCGACGUGGUAGCAUAUUAUGUUGCUCCUAAUGUGAGCAAGCCCCAAUGCUUGAAGUCUUGAACAAGAGUAAGGUAUCCAGCUUGUUUCCUGUAAGUUGAGUAUUCUCUUCUUUUUGGUUACUUGUAGCAAAAUAUGUAUUAUACAAUUCAUGAUAUCGUUCAUUAUUGUUCGUC